AAUACGGAUAAGUGGGCAUACAGGUAUUUUAUUUAUAUAUAUUAUAUAAUAUAUAUAUAUAUAUUUAUAUGACAAAGACAACCUGUCUAAAUUGAUGAUCAGGAACAAUCGGAAAAAAGAAAGGCUCGAGAAGUCACAUGAUUUUUAACAGUCCAAAGAGACUAGUCUUAUUGAUAUUUUUUUUUACUAAUAAUACUAUUAACACAAGUCGUAUAUUUUCAAGUGCAAAAAUUGUCCGACCAUAGUCUUGUUGCAGUUAUAGCUUAAUUAUUAAUAUAUUAAUUACAACACAUGAAAUGUACAUAUGGCAUUAAUAAUUGAAGUGUAAGAUUUAUGUUUUAAAAAAUUAUUAUUUAUUCACUCAUGGCAGGGAGAGUGCUCAAUUUCCACAUAAUAUUCCAACCGAGAGCUCUUACUAAUUGAGAAAUAAAUAAAAAAAUAUGUAAAACAACAAUAUUUUAUUUUUAUUUUAAAUAAAAAAAGCAAGGUAUAGUAUACUUCCUCUCUCUUCUUUUCUUUUAGUUUCUCUGGUAUCAAUCUCUUUCUGUAUUUUGCUUUAUUUCUCUUAAGGGUUUUGGAGGACUAAAUUGAUCUGUAUUAAUUCAUCAUCAAACUGUUAUUACUGGCAAUGUACAAAGAGAGCUAUACCUAGCUACAGUACUACCCAAUACUAUGCAAGUAAUCUACUACAGUACCAUGAAAUUUUUUAUCAAGAAAUUCAAUAAAUAAAUAAUACGCACACAUGGUGGGUGACCAGAGAUUUGAGAGAACAUACAAAGAUAAUAUUGGUGCUGGAAAUGACAUUCAACCUAUGAAAACCUCAUCAGCACCCAAUUUAUCUAUGCAGAAAUCAUGUUCAUCGUUAUUCGACUUAAAUGAAGAUGCAAAUGUAUUAUUAGAUGAAGAUGAAAAAACAUCUCCAAAAGCAUAUGAGGAAGAAGAAGAAGGUGAAGAUGAAGAUGAAGAUGAAGAAGAUGAUGAUGGUGAUGAUUUGAGUUGUAAUUAUAACAAGGUAAAUGUAUUGGAAGAGAAUAAUAAGGUAGGAAGUAGUAGUAGUACUAGUACUAGUACUACUAGUACAGUUAGGCCAUAUGUUCGAUCAAAAUUGCCAAGGCUUCGUUGGACUCCUGAUCUUCAUCGAGCUUUUGUUCAUGCUGUUGAAAGACUCGGUGGACUAGAAAGGGCAACUCCAAAGUUAGUUUUACAGCUGAUGAGUGUGAAAGGGCUUAGUAUUGCUCAUGUAAAGAGUCACUUGCAGAUGUAUCGAAGUAAGAAACUUGAUGAAUCUGGCCAAGUCCUAUCUCAUAGAAAUAUGGGUAUGCAAAGAGAUCAUAUUAUACAAAUGUGCCAAAGAUUCAGUCCGUAUGGCGGAAAGUUUACAAUGGACAACAGAAGCUAUAGUACUGCUACUUCUUCUACUUCAACCUUUAAACACCCAAUUACUUCCUCAAGAUUUCAACAUCCUUGGGCAUUAGGAGUCAAUGGUUCGUUGAGUAGUGCAGGUUUGACCAAAAACUCCAUAUGUGAAAAAGUUAUGGUCCAAAAUGGAAACAAGAUAAUAAGACCAAUAGUUAGUUCAUCACAUAAUAAUGAUAAUAAUAUUAAUAUGUUUGGUGUAAGAGAUGCAAUAACAAGAACUGUUCCACUUAGACCGUGUCAAUUUCUUGAAGAGAAGAAGUGGCCUCCACGAGAUAUGAUUAUCCCAGGAACUACUAAUCAUCCAUCUCACCUCAAAUUUUCUCAUGCCGAUUGUAAUAAUAUCAUCAGUUCCUAUGAACCCAAGUUAAAUACCUUUUCUCAGCUUGAUGAGGUUGAUAGGUUAAGAAGAAAGCAGUAUGAAGUCGAAGAGCGUUGCAGUACUAGUAAUGCUCCUAUAGAGAGGUUAAAGGAGAACAAACGUUUUCCCAAUUUGCAUCUGAGUUUAGGUGACGGACGUUGUGAUCAUGGUAAUCACAUUAAUGUUCAUUGUCAACAAAUUACUAGAAGAGCUGCAGAUGAAACUGAAAUUAUGCUUUCUCUGUCUCUGUCUACAACUUCACCAACUCAUCAACAACCACUAUAAUACUAUAUAUAUAAUAUGAGUCAUCACAUGUCAUACAUACAAAAAAGUCAAAUUACUACACACUCAAAUUAAAAUAUAUAUAUAUUUGAGAUUUUUCUUAUAUAUAUAUUAAACUAUUCAUUGCAGUAGCUAGAGGGGGCGUGGGCCUGUUAUGAAUGAACCAAGUACGUACUUUUAGGAUCUGAUACGUACGUAUGUAAGUCCACUAUGUUAAUAGAAUAAGAAGGCUAUGUACAUACGUACGUAUAGGAGUGUGAGUUGCUAGAUCUUGAAAGUGCUUGUCUUGAAAUUAAGUAGCCACAUUGGCUUCGUAAAUUAAGUGUAUUUGAUUUUUUUAGAAUGACGAUUAUAUGUAUAGUCUUGUUAUAUAUAGUUUGUUUCUAUGUAUCACCACAUAAAGAAAAUUUAGCAACUGAAACGUGAAAGUUAAUUAUUAGAA